AUGCUGGUGCUGGCAUCCCAGGGCCAGGUCCUCAUCCUCUGCCAUCUGUGCCCACCCAAGGCUUGGGGAAGAGAUGGGUACUGCUGUGCCUACAGAGACCAGGGGCUUGUUGGCAUUGCCGUUCCCUCUCCCUGUGCCCUCUCCCACCCUGCCCUGCAGGCCUUGCUCACUGCUGCUUCCAUCCUCAGUAUCAUCAGCUGGUUUGUGCGGACCUUCAAGUAUGUGUACAACCUCCGCUUUGAUGUCCGGGGACGGCAGAAGCUGGAGGCGGAAGGGCCCUGUGUCAUCAUCUCCAACCACCAGAGCAUCCUGGACAUGAUGGGCCUCAUGGAGAUCCUUCCGAAGCGCUGUGUACAGAUCGCCAAGAGGGAGCUGGUGUUCCUGGGGCCUGUGGGCCUCAUCAUGUAUCUGGGGGGUGUCCACUUCAUCAACCGGCAGCGCUCCAGCACCGCUGUGUCCGUCAUGGCCGACCUGGGUGGGCGCAUGGUCAGGGAAAAUCUCAAGGUGUGGAUCUACCCUGAGGGCACACGCAACGAUAAUGGCGACCUGCUGCCCUUUAAGAAAGGUGCCUUCUACCUGGCCAUCCAGGCCCAGGAACAAUCAAGGUGCAAGUGCUGGAUGCCAUCCCCACCAGUGGCCUCACCGAGGCGGACGUCCCAAAGCUCGUGCACACCUGCCACCAAGCCAUGAGGAGCACCUUCCACCACAUAUCCCAAGCGCCCCAGAACGGUGCUGCCGCGGGGCCUGAUGACCAACCAGUCCAGUAGCCCAGGCCACACAUGGGGACAGCAGACAGGAGAAGAGGCCAGAGAAUGGACAGAGAGUCCCUCUCCAGGGCUGCCAAAUAUCACUGUGUCUGCCCCCCCAGCCUGGCUCACAAGGCUCUCAUUCAGGAAGCCGGAGGCCCCUCUGACACCUCUAGGGGGAGCCCCUCUGGGCUCUGCAGCCCUUACCUGUGCCUCCAGGGUACAAGCCUGAGCUCUAGACUGCCAGGCCUUUGGGCAGCCAGCCAAGGAGCAGGCAGGACUGGCCAGAGCUGGCCAGGGAGCCAGGCACUGGCCCCAGGUCUUCUGAUGUGGCUGCCCAAGGCCCACUGGGUACAGUUUGGCUCUGGAGACCAGACCCUGGCCUGCGUCAGGCCUUCGGGAGAGGAGGUGUCCAGGCAUCACAUACGUCUUGGGCCACCAGGGCCACAGGGCAGUGCAGCGGGCCGCCCCUCACCACCUCGAGGAGAGCGCACGGCAGUGUUGUGCUUUUUGUUUUUUCUUUUUAUAAACAAAGUCUUGGAA